AUGACCGAGGAGGGAAAGGGGACCGACCCUAAUAGAGCUGAGGUAGCAAAAGUGGCUGAAAGGGUUACGUUCCUCCACACACUAGAGAAAAAAGACGGGUCAUUGCGAUUAUGCGUUGAUUACCGCGAACUGAAUAGAAGAAUUAAGCAAGAUUCAUACCCGCUCCCUAUAGUAGAAGCGAUUCUGCAGAGUCUGGCAGGCAAGAAGUUUUUUUCAACACAUGAUUUAUGUAGUGGCUACCGGAAGAUACCACUAGCGGAAACAGCCAGGAGAAAGUUGCUUCACAACGCCGGAAGGGCGUUCCAGUCAAAGUAA